GGAGCCGCUCCUUGCCCGGACGCACCCAGGUGCUUUAGGAGCUGCGGGCGCUGCAGCGGAGCCGCGCCGGAGCGGGGACGAGCUGCUGCAGCCCAGAUUCCUGUCCUGCUGGAGACUGCAUUGAAGACGGGGUCUGAGGUCCCUGGUGGAGCAAGGAGGCGAGGAGGAGGAGAAGGAGGAGGUUUCCCUUGGCCUCUGAGCUGUGAAACCGGAAAACCAAAGCAUGUCCCAGGUCAUAGAAUCCCACGUGCUGCGUGUUGGACAGACUGUGUGCAUCUCCUCGCCGGAGGAGAGCAAGAGCCUGCACCCAGCAGGGUACCCGGGCUGCUCCACGCUGCCCGGCAAGUACGUCUACUACUCCACAGAGACCUGGGCUCAGCCCCCCUCCAUGGUGCACCCCAAGGCUCGCCUGCUCCCCAGGUGUGCAGCCCAGCCCGUGGCAGAGCAGAAUUCCUCCUUGGAGAGACCCCCAGCUCCGUGCCAGCCGAAGGAGGAGGAGGAGAACGCCAGCACGGAGCCUGAGGCUCAGCCAGUGUCUCCCUCCCUGGACAUAACCAUAGAGACUCUCAACCAGAUGAUCCUAGAGAUUGAUCCGACCUUCCAGCCGCUGCCCUGCAGGCCGGUGAGGGCUGCAGGCCAGCCUGCUGCUCAGGGGGACGCUGUGGCCACCAAGAGGCAGGAGCAGGAGGCAAUAGACAUCAAGUACAUCGAGCUGACACCGGGCAGAGCCACGUGCCCCGACCUGCCCCAGGGCUCCCCCAGCCCUUCGGGCACCCCCUUCUCCAGGUCCCCUCAGACCAACAGCUUCCUGCCCCAAAAAGGAGCCCUGGGAGGCAAAUACAGCACCAGUGACAGCGUGGUUUUCUCGAGCCCACCCGGACCCUCGAGUCCCCAGCCGGCCACGCUGAGCUGCACCAAAGCAUCCGAGAGCAGCAGCGCACCCUGGCAGUGCCUGGCAGGACACACGGACACAGUUUCCUGCAGCCCCGGGGCUCUCAGCACCUCCCCGGGUGCUGACAAUCUGCUAAAGCCCGUGCAGGUGCUGAGGGCCCGGCAGAGGGGGAGCUGGGUGUCCCAGCUCUCCACCAGCCCUGGCUCUGACACCAGCUACAUCCUGGGCAGCAGCACCCACUCUCUCCACAACGACGACUCGGAUGCUUCGGCCGCUGCCUCGCUGUCCCCCGCCAGCUCCCUGGGCAGCCCCUGCUCCCCUUCCUCUGCCAUCGUGCCCCACCCCAGGGAGGCUUUUGCCCAGAGCUCCCCCCAGCCCAGGGCAGGCGGCUCCCCCAGCCCCUCCCUGGCGCAGAAGGGCCAGGCCAGCAGCUGCCCCCCCUCCAUCCUCACCUCCACAUCCGACAUCCCGGUGCUGCUGGUCAACGGGUGCCUGGAGCAGGGAGAUGGGCCCCCCCAGCUGGCCAAAGCCCCCCCCAGCUGCGGCAGGCAGCCCCCCCCGGCCGGCUGCAGCCCGGCCCCGAGGCUCGGGGGGCUGAACAACGCGCAGUCGGCGCCCGCGCUCAGCUGCCUCUCGGACAGUCCCCUGAGGGCUGGGCAGCCCACCAUGAAGUUUGUGAUGGACACAUCAAAAUUCUGGUUCAAGCCAAGCAUCAGCAGGGACCGAGCCAUCCAGCUGCUGAGGGACAAGGAGCCGGGCGCGUUCCUGGUGAGGGACAGCACCUCCUUCCGGGGCUCCUUCGGGCUGGCCAUGAAGGUUCCUGGCUCUCCCUCCGGCAGCCAGCCAGGCGAGGACAGCAGUGACCUCGUCAGGCAUUUCCUCAUCGAGUCCUCCACCAAAGGGGUUCACCUGAAGGGCGCCAGCGAGGAGCUGUAUUUUGGGAGCCUCUCUGCCUUCGUCUACCAGCACUCCAUCACCCCUCUGGCACUGCCCUGCAAGCUCAGCAUCCCCACCCGAGAUCUCGCUGAUGGAGAGGACAGCCCUGACUGCGCCCCCGAGCCUGCCCUGUCCCUGGCUAAAAAAACUGCAGUGUGCAACGUCCUGUACCUCAGCUCAGUGAACGUGGAGACGCUGACGGGAGCCCCGGCCAUCCUGAAGGGCAUCUCCUGCACCUUGGAGCUGGAGACGCUGCCCACCCCAACCCUGGUGCACUUCAGGGUGACGGAGCAGGGCGUCACGCUGACCGACGUGCAGAGGAGGGUGUUUUUCAGGCGACACUACCCCUUGGCUGCCAUCAGGUUCUGUGGGAUGGACCCUGAGAACAGAAAGUGGCAGAAGUACUGCAAGUCCUCCAGAAUCUUUGGGUUCGUGGCCAAAAGCCAGACAGACUCGGAGAACCUCUGUCACCUGUUUGCAGAGUACGACACCGUGCAGCCAGUGUCCCUUGUCAUCGACCUGCUCCGCCAGCUCCUGCCCAGCCCAUAGGGACACAGCCCUGGGACACUCGGGGCCAGCAGCUGCCCACACACCGCUGAGCUUCUCCUGCUCCCCUUCUCCUGCUUCUGGGUUGCAUUUUGGCAACAGCAUAUAUUUUGAAUUUGUUUUUGUUAUGCAUCAGGAGCUUCAGCUAAAGACUUUCAGCUCUGGUGGGGUGAGAUGCUCCUCCGAGCCUCUCCAUGGGGCACUGGCUGCCCUCAGAAGGGAUGGGAGCUGUGCUCUCUACGGAACCACUGCCCCUCAGCUGGACUAUGUGCUUUGAAGGACCGCCAGCCACGAGGUCCCCUGGUCUUGGGGUGUCUGGGCUGGGGGAGGUCGUGGAGCUGAGCUGAGCUCCCACCAUUGGGGACCCAGCCCUGACACCCCAGUGCUGCAGGAGGGAAAGCCUGGGGGAGGAAUCACCCCCUGAGCAGCACAAAGAGGCAGCUUUGCAAAUCAAAGUGUAUAAAAUGACUAAUUCCGGCUGGAAACCUAGCUCCCCUCAAGGAGCAAGCAGCAUCCACGGGCAGGAAUGACAGAGCAGCGCAUUUUUCCUGGUGCUGGGAAAUUCUCCUGCCCUUUUACGCAGCGCAGGGUUACGGGCAGGGCUCAGCCUCCCAGCAUUGCAGAGAGCUGGGAAAUAAAUGGUGACAUUUUCAUGACAGCGAAA